AUGAAUGCUGAGACUUGCAUCUCUUACUACGAGUCGCCGGCCGCUGCCAUGGACGCCUACUACAGCCCGGUGUCGCAGAGCCGGGAGGGCUCGUCGCCUUUUAGGGCAUUCCCCGGCGGUGACAAGUUCGGCACAACUUUCCUGUCGACCGCCUCCAAAGGGCAGGGCUUCGGGGACGCCAAGAGCCGGGCCCGCUACGGCGCGGGGCAGCAGGACCUGGCGGCACCGCUGGAGAGUGGCGCGGGGGCGCGGGGCUCCUUUAACAAGUUCCAACCCCAGCCCCAGCCCCAGCCCCAGCCCCAGCCGCCGGCCCCGCAGCCGCCGCAGCCGCAGCCCCAGCCCCAGCCGUCCGCACAGCAAUCGCAUCUCUUCUUGCAGCGAGGCGCCUGCAAGACGCCCCCGGACGGCACCCUCAAGCUCCAGGAAGGCAGCGGCGGCCACAACGCGGCCCUGCAGGUCCCUUGCUACGCCAAAGAGAGCUCUCUUGGUGAGCCAGAGUUACCACCCGACUCUGACACCGUGGGGAUGGACAGCAGCUACCUCAGUGUGAAGGAGGCUGGGGUGAAGGGCCCCCAGGACCGAGCCAGCACUGACCUCCCCAGCCCACUGGAGAAGGCUGACUCUGAGAGCAACAAGGGCAAGAAGCGGCGGAACCGUACCACCUUCACCAGCUACCAGCUGGAGGAGCUGGAGAAGGUCUUUCAGAAGACCCACUACCCAGAUGUGUAUGCACGGGAGCAGCUGGCCAUGAGGACAGACCUCACCGAGGCCCGUGUGCAGGUCUGGUUCCAGAACCGGAGGGCCAAGUGGAGGAAGAGGGAACGUUUCGGGCAGAUGCAGCAGGUUCGGACCCACUUCUCCACUGCCUAUGAGCUGCCCCUUCUCACCCGAGCUGAGAACUACGCCCAGAUUCAGAACCCGACCUGGAUCGGCAACAACGGGGCGGCCUCGCCUGGGCCAGCCUGCGUGGUCCCCUGUGACCCAGUGCCUGCCUGCAUGUCCCCUCAUGCCCACCCCCCUGGCUCCGGGGCCAGUGGUGUCACCGACUUCCUGAGUGUCUCAGGGGCUGGCAGCCACGUGGGGCAGACACACAUGGGCAGCCUGUUCGGAGCAGCUGGCCUCAGCCCCAGCCUCAAUGGCUACGAGCUCAACGGCGAGCCGGACCGCAAGACCUCGAGCAUCGCGGCCCUUCGCAUGAAGGCCAAGGAGCACAGUGCGGCCAUCUCCUGGGCCACAUGA